AUGUGGAAAAGAGCAAAGAACUCGGGUCCCGGUGUGAGACAAAAUUUCUCCCUGGUUCAUCGAUAUAUUCAACAUUUCAAUGAGGUGUCCGGCAACAAGUCAGCCGCCAUCCGCCGGAGAUCCAAGAUUCCCGGCGUGAUGAUCACACAGUACGAGGUCAACCUGCCCGAGGGGAAGAGCACGCCAGAUUUCCAGUGUAAACCGGUUCCUGUGACCGUCCAGGAAGGGACAUUCGCCGUUUUCACGGCCGUGGUGAAGGGGGAUCCCAAACCAGAAGUGUCCUGGAGAAGAGCUAAAGGAAACACCGCAGACAAGGAGAAAUAUCUGAGAAAAUAUGACGAAUCGACCGGGGAGCACGUGUUGGAGAUUCACAAAGUGUGUGCGGCCGACACAGACACUUAUAAAUGCUGUGCUGCCAAUGAGUUUGGUAAAGCCGUCUGCACGGCAACACUCAGUGUGACUGAUGAUUCUACAAAUCCAUCCGAUUUCAGAAAAUUGCUGAGGAAAAGUAAAGUAGCGAAAGCAGAUGAGGAAAGCGAUGAGAAAUUCUGGGAGUCGAUGCUGAACGCCGACAGGAACGACUACGAGCGCAUCUGCGCGGAGUUCGGCGUUUCAGAUUUACAUUCGGUUCUCAAGAAACUGGGAGAGAAGAAGAAGGAGAGAAUGCGAAAUAAGUGCAAGGACGGGGUGAUUCCCUACGAUGACGACGCAGCAGAGAAACUCAGUCUUCUGAGCGGCGGACGGACGAAGGACUUCAUCCUAAAGAGCCCGAUGCUGGAGGACGAAGGACUGACUCCGCUGGAUGUGGUUGAAAAGCUCAAACUCCUGGAAACGGGCCUGAAACAGGCGGACGCUGAAGAAGUCAAGCUGCUCCUCACGGAGAUCAAAUGUGGGUUCAAGUAUAGAAACUGGCAAAUUUAUGGCGAGUUCACACUCAGCGAUGUUAAGUCCAGUGUGAAGUGCCUCGCCGACGUCUACCCAACUCCUCCAGGUUCGAAUGUGGACUUUGUCGUCAAAAUCCAGGAGAUUAAAGCAGAAGAACGAGAGGACGCCCUCUUCGAGUGCGUCCUGACACACCCACUACCCAGCGUCACGUGGUCGGGAAAGGGCAGCGCUCUGGAGGACGGAGAAAAAUAUAUCAUAACGGGGUCCGACCACAAGCUGAUCCACAGGCUGCUGAUCAGGGACUGCGAGCCGCAGGACGAGGGCAUCUAUUCAGCUGCGGCCGGCGCUACGUCCUGCAGCGCCUGGCUGGUUGUGGAAGCCGACGGUGACCCCGCAUGCGCCGGUGAGAAGAAACCUCGGAAAGCGACGGUGGCGGGCGGAGCGCGGCUCGACCUCGAGAAAGUGGCCAAAGAGCAACACAUAAAAAAUCGAGAGGAGACGGAGAAGAUUCUAGCAGCUGUGAGGGCAAAGCAAGACGCAGGACAAGUCAGAGAAGGACAGACGUUAUUGACCUCUGGACGAAGAGAUGGGGAAUUGACUGAAUCGACUCAGGACGCAGAGUCUGACGAGGCAACAGCCGGUGGCCUGAGCGGAGAGACGACAAAGAUGAAAAACUCCACAGGAAACGACGCAAAUCUAGAUGUUUCCGUCAGCGGGACGAAAGCAGAAGCGACGGUCGACGGCACCGAGAACAAGAAAUACGCCAAGUCCGGUCAAGUGGAUUUUGACAAGGUAACAGAUGCAGACGCAGGAGGACGUGAUGAGGAGAACGAGGCCGUCACUGGAUCUGGCUGUAGUUCAAGACUAAAGCAAGCUCAAGAGACACGAGGUGUGGUGACGGAGUCCGAUGGGAACGUGAUCGAGUCUGGCAGACGCACAAAACGACAAAAGAAGGUCCAGUGGAAACUGCAGACAUCUGGCUCCAUCAAAGAUCCUAAUGAACCAGGAAUUGACGGUGAUGAAGGUGACGGUGAUGAAGGUGACGGUGACGGUGAUGAAGGUGACGGUGAUGAAGGUGACGGUGAUGAAGAGAACGAGGACUCCACCGGACGGGUCGAGCAUCUGAGCGGUAAAAAGAAAAGUCUGCGGUCACAAGAGAAAGACGACGAGCCCAGUGACUGUGACGAGCCCGGCGAUGCGACUGGAUCCGCCGCACGUCCGAGGCGUAAAAGGCAAAGUGCGCUGAUAGAAGAGCUGGUGGUCGAAGAGAACAAACUUAAUUCCCAGCAAAGAUUAGAAAUCUAUCCGGAAAAAACGUAUAAAAAGUUUCUCAUGAUUCAGUCUGACAGUUUGUUUGCCUUAGAUCCAGGAGUCCAGUUCGUCUGUGGAUUGUCUGACGUCAGCGCCAUCAUCAACGAGACGGCUGUGUUAACAUGUAAGCUCAGCAGUGAAGACUGUGAAGGAGCCUGGUUCAGAGAUGGAAAAAAGAUAUCCCAGGACGACAGUUUCAUUAUCACGCAAGAUGGUGCAGUCCAUAAAUUAACGAUAAUCAGGUGCGCGGAGGAGCACUCUGGGAAAUAUCGCUUUGAAGCAGAUGGUCGUAAAACGGAGGCGAUGAUCAACGUCAAAGAUCCCCCGAGGUUCAACACUGAGGACCUCAGUGCUUUCUCGGAGCCGGUGAGAGUUAAAGUGGGCCACAGCGCCAUCUUCAAACUGCAUUUUCUCGGACACGAACCCAUCAAGAUCAAGUGGUACAGGGAGGGGGAGGAGCUCCGGGACGACGGCAACACCAAGGUGGAGAGAUUCGCGAGUCACAGCCGCCUGCUGCUCAGCAGGUGCCACAGGAAGGAAAGCGGAGAGGUCAAGAUCAAGCUGAGGAACGAGCACGGCUUCGUCGAGGCCGUUUCAAGGCUCGUCGUGCUGGACAAGCCCACGUCACCCCUGGGUCCUGCCGAGGUAACCGAGAGCUCGCCCACGUGUAUUGAGUUUAAGUGGCGGCCUCCGAAGGACGACGGAGGCUCACCGGUGACCAACUACGCAAUCGAGCGUCAGCAAGUGGGACGGAACACCUGGAAGAGAGUGGGCGAAAUCCCAGGUGUGCCCAGCUUCCGGGACACAGACGUGGACCAUGGCCGGAAAUAUUGCUACCGUGUCCGAGCCAUCACGGCGGAGGGUACGAGUGAAGUCAUGGAGACGGACGACAUGCAGGCGGGAACACUUGCUUUUCCCGGCCCUCCUGCACCUCCCAAGGUGGCCAGCGCCUUCGACGACUGCAUCAACCUCUGCUGGUCCUCGCCGAGUAACACGGGCGGUUCAUGCAUCCUGGGUUUUAUUCUGGAGAAACGCAAGAAGGGGAGUAAUCUGUGGACUGUGGUCAAUGCCAUGGACGAGCUGAUAAAAGAGAAGAGAUAUGCAGUGAAGGACGUGGUGGCAGGUUUGGAAUAUGAAUUCAGAGUUACCGCCCUCAACCUCUCGGGAGCCGGUGAAUUUAGCAACGCCUCAGAGUUUGUGUUCGCACGGGAUCCCAAGAAGCCUCCUGGUAAAGUGACAGGCCUGAAGGUGACAGAAACCUCCUACACCCACUUGGUCCUGACUUGGACCAAACCCGAGGAGAAACUGGGGAUACAGGACGAGGCUAAAGGGUAUUUUGUGGAAAUCCGACCGGCGGACUGUAUCGAAUGGUCUCGCUGCAUCGGCGUUCCCAUCCUCACCACCAGCUUCAGCGUGAAGGGCCUGAAGUCCAUGGAGAUGUACUGGGUGAGAGUGAUAGCGACGAACAACGGAGGAGAGAGUGAACCGGAGGAGCUGGACAACUACGUCCUGGCGAUGCCCUCACCGGUGAGGCCGAAGUUCACAAAUCACAGGAUGAAGAGUUUCGUGGUGGUGAGAGCAGGAAACUCUGUGAGGAUCACAGUCAACUUCGAGGCCUCCCCACGACCACACGUCAUGUGGCUGAAGGACAAUGUGCCGGUGACAAAGCGAGCGACCAUCAGUAACUCCGACGGCUCGUCCCAGUUGCUCAUCCCGUCCUCUGAGCGAUCGGAUUCCGGCAUCUACUCUAUUCUGGUGAAAAAUCUGGCCGGACAGGAGACGUUCAGUACGGAGGUCAGGGUCACAGACGAUCCGAAGCCUCCCGGGCCGGUGGACCUGGAGGAAAACGUGCCCGGCACAUUGACGGUGACCUGGGAAGCUUCUCCUGAUGAGAAGCGCGACGACCGCCUCCACUACACUGUGUCCAAACUGGACUCGACCAAACGCACCUGGGCCACGGUGGCUGACAGACUCUUCAACAACAAGGUGACAGUCUGCAACAUCAUGCACGGGAGGGAGUACCUCUUCCGGGUCUACGCCAAGAAUGACAUCGGCAUCUCCGCGCCCUCGGAGUCGCCGACCUGGGGGAGGGAGAAGAAGAAAGAAAAGUUUGUGGUAAACGUACCGACCAGGAAGGACUGCGAUCUGCGAUGUGCUCCGACCGUCGUCGUUCCCCUGAAGCUCCACACUGCGCCCAAGGGCUACGAGUGCUACAUGAGCUGCGCGGUGAGGGGAAACCCCGCACCUCGUGUCACGUGGUAUCGAAAUCACGUCAGCCUGAACACCAACACCAACUAUUACAUCUCCAACACCUGCGGCGUUUGCUCCAUGUUGAUCCUCCGCGUGGGCCCCAGAGACACGGGCGAGUACAGCAUCAGCGCGGAGAACGCGCUGGGCCGAGCGGAGAGCUCCACCAUCCUCAGUGUCCGAGAGUGAAGAGACUGAGGACACCACACUAUGAGCAGUUUAUUCUACAGUUAAGAUUUCUCAGACAGGAUAUUUGAACUGAAGUAGUUGUGCUGCUUGGAUGUGAUUCACCAAAUGUAAAAUUAAAAAAUGAGAUAUUAGACUGCUGCUGAAAUGAAAAUAAAAGUAUUACACAAAUGAAAA